UCAACAGUAGCGCCAGUAGCGCUUUUAGGAUCAUUUCGAGGUUAUGAGCGCGUAGCGUCUAAGAGAAAUCUCUGUUUUCUUAUUGACCGUCGUAAGUCAGAAGAAUUUGUAAUGUUUACUGCGAAGAUACAUGAUCUUGCUGAUUAUUGUAUAAAUAUGAAGAAAAAGAUAUACGAGAUAAAGGAGAUUAAAUAAUUAGCACACGGGGGAUCACAAUGCGACCGUAUGGAUCUGAAGAGUGGCGUUAAAAUUGUAUCUGUGUGGGUAAGGAAACAUUAGAGGAAAGAUUCCAUUAGUCGCGAAAAUGAAGCAAAAUGCAUUGCCCGCGGUCACGUUACGCCGCAGCAUGAGAUCCGUUUAAUGUCAAUUAUCAAGCGGACGAGAGAAUCACGAUCACUGAGCUUCACACAUUGAUCCAAUACAUACGAUACCAGAGACAAUGACGAACACGCUGAUGUUGCAAUUCGCCCAACGGCUGAAAUCAAGGAACGAAGAGGCGCGUAACAAAGCUGCGCGUGAUUUGUGCCUGUAUGUGAAGAGAGAGCUGCGAGAAGCGUCGCAGGAGGAUAUCACGGCCUUUAUGGACGACUUCAAUCAUCACAUAUUCGAGAUGGUAUCCGCUUCCGACGUGAAUGAGAAGAAAGGCGGCAUAUUGGCCAUAGUUUGCCUUAUCGGGGCCGAAGUGGGUAACUUCAACACGCGAACGGUACGAUUCGCCAACUAUCUUAGAAACUUAAUACCUUCCAACGACGUGGGCGUAAUGCAAUUAGCCGCCAAGACCGUCGGGAAGUUAGCGCUGGUCUCGGGCACGUAUACGGCCGAGUACGUGGAGUUUGAGGUGAAACGUGCCUUCGAGUGGCUCGGCACGGACAGACACGAAGGUAGGAAACACGCGGCCGUGCUUAUCCUGAGAGAGCUCGCCGUCUCCGUGCCGACGUACUUUUUCCAACAAGUCACCAUGUUUUUCGAGUUGAUAUUCAACGCUAUACACGACCCGAAGCCUACGGUGAGAGAGGCCGCGGUGGAAGCUCUGAGAGCGGCACUGGUGGUCACUGCUCAGCGGGAGACCGCGAAACAGAUGCACAAGGCUCAGUGGUACAGGCAGUGCUACGACGAAGUGGUGGACGGAUUCGCGGAGGUCCACACGAAGGAGAGGGGCAUCAACAGGGACGACAGGAUACACGGCUCGUUGCUGGUGCUGAACGAACUGUUGAGAUGCAGCAACGUGCAGUGGGAGAGGACCUACGAAGCUCUGAUGGAGAGGUUGAACGGCUCGACGCAGAACGAGAACGACAUCCUGUCGUUGAUGCCGCGUCUGAAGACGACGAUAGUGUCGCAGUGGGCCGGAUCGACUCCGAACACCUCCGGCACUCAGCAUACCGUGUCGCCGCCGCAGGAAUCGGCCGUCUGCAGAUGCCUGAUGCAGGAGAGACUGGACGACAUUUACAACGACGUGAUGAAUCAGAAGAUGUCGCGCAACCCGCACAUUCAGCAGGCCCUGAUGAUGCUGCUGCCGCGACUCGCCGCGUUCAACAAGGAGAAAUUCAUCAAGGAACAUCUGAAAGAGUCACUGGGCUAUCUGUUGAUGAUCCUGCGCAAUCGCGAGAAGGACCGUUACGCCGCGUUCACGGCGAUCGGCUUCAUCGCGGUGGCGGUGGAGGAUGCGAUCAAGCAGUACCUGCCGAGGAUCAUGGAAGUGAUCAAGAGCCUGUUGCCGUCGAAGGAGACGCCGAACAAGAAACGCUCCUCCUUGGAGCCCGCUGUCUUCGUCUGCAUCACGCUGCUGAGCCACGCGGUCAAGCAAGUGAUAGCUCCCGACGUGAAGGACCUGCUGGAGCCGAUGUUCACGACGGGGCUGAGCCCGAUCCUGACCACCGCUCUCCGGGAACUGGCGCACAACAUACCGUCCCUGCAGGUGGACAUAUCUCAGGGCCUGCUGCGAAUGUUAUCGCAGGUUCUCAUGCAAAAGCCGUUGAGACACCCGGGUGCACCGUGGACGGCGAGCAGUCCCAACUCCACGUCGGACGACGUGUCGUCGACGGUGCUCGCCUUGAAGACCCUGGGCACGUUCAACUUCGACAACAAUCCGCUGCUGCAGUUCGUGAAGAGAUGCGCCGACCACUUCCUCAUGUCGGAGCAGGCGGAGGUCCGGUUGGAGGCUGUAAAAACGUGCUCGAGACUGUUGAGGUUGACGCUGAAUCAGUCCGGUCCUACGGUCACCAAUACCGUCUCGAAUGUUUUAGGUAAGUUGCUGGUGGUGGGCAUCAACGACACAGACCCCGACGUGCGGCUGUGGGUGUUGGCCUCGUUGGACGAUUCCUUCGACGUGCAGCUGGCCCAAGCGGAGAACCUGUCCGCCCUGUUCAUCGCAAUGAACGACGAGAUGUUCGAGAUACGGGAACUGGCGGUACGCACGGUCGGCCGGCUCAGCACGCUGAAUCCCGCGUACGUAAUGCCGUCGUUGCGGAAGACCCUGGUGCACUUCCUCACGGAACUGGAGCACUCGGGGAUGGGCCGUAACAAGGAGCAGGCCGCCCGUAUGUUGGACCACUUGGUCGUGACGUCGCCCAGGCUGGUGCGGCCCUACAUGGAGCCGAUCCUGAAGGUCCUCGUGCCGAAACUGAAGGAGCCCGAUCCCAACCCCGGUGUUAUACUCGCCGUGUUGCGCGCGAUCGGCGAUCUGGCGGAGGUGAACGGCGCCGAGAUGCAGCAGUGGAUGCCGGAGCUCUCGUCGAUACUGCUGGAGAUGCUGGUGGACGCGAGCUCGCUCGAGAAGCGGGGCGUCGCUCUCUGGGUGUUCGGCCAGUUGGUCGGCAGCACCGGCCACGUCGUCAAGCCGUACAUGCAGUAUCCGUCGUUGCUGGACGUUCUCAUAAACUUCCUGAAGACCGAGCAGCAGCCUAUCAUCCGCCGGGAGACGAUCCGAGUGCUGGGUCUGUUGGGCGCAUUGGACCCGUACAAGCACAAGAUGAACCUCGGCCAGAUCGACUCGCAGUUGGACACGCUGAGCUCGAUGGCCGACGCCAAGAGCGACGUGGAGAACAGCCAGGACCUCACCACCAGCGAGAUGCUGGUGAACAUGUCGCCGUCCACCCUGGAGGAGUUUUACCCGGCGAUCGCGAUCACGACGCUCAUGCGGAUCAUCCGCGAGCCCACCCUCAUCCAGCAUCACACGAUGGUGGUGCAGGCGGUGACCUUCAUAUUCAAGAGCCUCGGCAUCAAGUGCGUGCCGUACAUCUCCCAAGUAAUGCCGAGCUUCCUGAACGUCGUGCACACGGCCGACGUGAAUUUCCGCGAGUUCCUCUUCCAACAGCUCGCCGUUCUCAUCGCCAUCGUGAAGCAGCACAUACGCAACUAUCUCGACGACAUCUUCAACCUGAUCAAGGAGUUCUGGACGGCGAACAGCCCGUUGCAGAGCACGCUGAUCCUGCUGGUCGAGCAGAUCGCCGUGGCGCUGGGCGCCGAGUUCAAGAUCUACCUGCCGCAGCUGAUGCCGCCGAUCCUGCGCGUGCUGACCCACGACAGCAGCAAGGAUCGCGCGGUGACGGUGAAGCUGCUGCUCGCUCUGCAGACGUUCGGCAGCAACCUCGACAAUUACCUGCAUCUCGUUCUACCGCCGAUCGUCAAGCUGUUCUACGCGAACGACUGUCCGAUCGCCGUGAACAAGGUCGCCCUGGAGACGGUCGAUCUGCUGGCCGACACUCUGGAUUUCAGCGACUUCGCGUCGCGGAUCGUCCACACCCUGGUGCGAACGUUGGACCAGUGCCCCGAGCUGAGGAACACCGCCAUGGACACGCUCUGCGCCGUGGUGAUGCAGCUCGGCAAGAAGUAUCAGAUCUUCAUUCUGCUGGUGCAGAAGGUCAUGAUGAAGCACAAGAUAGUGAACCCGCGCUACGACGUUCUCGUCGACAAGAUCCUCACCGACACCACCGUGGCGGACGGCGAGGAUUUCCUGCUGAUGAGGCUGAGACACUCGCGCAACAAGAACCGCGAGAUCUCGCUGACACCGUCGGAAACGACGACGAUCAAGAGGCUGCACGUGUCGGCGUCGAACCUGCAGAAAGCCUGGACCGCGACGCGCAGGGUCUCCAAGGACGAUUGGCUCGAGUGGCUGCGCUGCUUCUCCAUCGGCCUGCUCAAGGAGUCCCCGUCCCCGGCGCUGAGGUCUUGCUGGGCGCUCGCGCAGACGUACGCCGUGCUGCCCCGCGACCUCUUCAACGCCGCCUUCGUCUCCUGCUGGACCGAGCUGAACGACGCGUAUCGAGCGGAGCUGAUACAGACCCUGCACCAGGCGCUGAUGGUGCCGGAGCUGCCGACGGAGAUCACGCAGACCAUCCUGAAUCUGGCCGAGUUCAUGGAGCACUGCGACAAGGGCCCGUUGCCGCUGGACAACAAGAUCCUCGGCGACACGGCGAUGCACUGUCGCGCCUACGCCAAAGCCUUGCACUACAAGGAGGACGAGUUCCACAAGAGCCGUAGCAGCAACGUCUUCGAGUCCCUGAUCUCCAUCAACAACAAGCUGCAGCAGAAGGAAGCGGCGGAGGGUCUGCUGGAGUACGUGAUGAACCAGCACAAUCAGCAGGACCUCAAGGUGCAGAUACGCUGGUACGAGAAGCUUCACAACUGGGACAAGGCGUUGCAGCUCUACCACGAGCGUCUGGAGAGCGACUCGGCGGACGUGGAGUCGACGCUGGGCGAGAUGCGCUGUCUGGAGGCCCUGGGCGAGUGGGGCCAGCUGCACGAGGUCGCCACGAAGCAUUGGACGAAUCAGGCCGACGAGACGAAGCAGAGGAUGGCGAGGAUGGCGGCGGCCGCGGCCUGGGGCUUGGGUCAAUGGGAGUGCAUGCAGCGGUACGUCUCGCUGAUACCGAAGGACACUCAGGACGGGGCGUUUUACAGGGCGGUGCUGGCGAUCCACGACGAACAGUACAACACGGCGCAUCAGCUGAUCGACAGCGCGCGGGACAUACUGGACACCGAGCUGACGGCGAUGGCCGGCGAGAGUUAUCAGCGGGCCUACAACGCGAUGGUGGAGGUGCAGAAGCUGGCGGAGCUGGAGGAGGUGAUACAGUUCAAGCUGGUGCCCGAACGGAGGACGGCGAUCAAGGCGAUGUGGUGGGAGCGGCUUCAGGGCGGGCAGAGGAUAGUGGAGGACUGGCAGAAGAUCAUACAGGUGCACACGCUGGUGGUCUCGCCUCAGGACGACAUGUACACGUGGCUGAAGUACGCCAGCCUCUGCCGGAAGAGCGGCAGCCUGAUGCUCUGUCACAAGACGCUGGUGAUGCUGCUGGGCGUCGAUCCCUCCUUGAAUUCGGACCAGCCGUUGCCGACUACGCAUCCCCAGGUGACUUUCGCCUACUGCAAGCAUCUGUGGGUCGCGAACCAACGCGAGGAGGCGUACAACCAGCUGCAGCGCUUCGUGCAGACGUACCUGCAGCCGGCGACCGCGGGUAUAGCGUGCCAGGACGACGAGAAGCAGCACGAGAGCAAGAAGAGGCUGCUCGCCAAGUGUUACCUCAAGCUCGGCGAGUGGCUGGAGGCGCUCAAGGGUAUAAACGAGCACUCGAUACCCGCGGUGCUGACUUACUACGCCGCCGCCACCCAGCACGAUCCGAAGUGGUACAAAGCGUGGCACGCGUUCGCCUACACCAACUACGAGACCGUGCUGUUCUACAAGCACCAGCAGCAGGACGACUCCUCCGUGAUGGAGGCCGCGCCCGGCAACGGCGCGCGCAAUAAUCUCACCAGCUCGCAGUACAUAUCGCAGUUCACCGUGCCGGCGGUCGAGGGCUUCUUCAGAUCGAUCAACUUGUCGGACGGCAACUCGCUGCAGGACACCCUGCGCCUGUUGACGCUCUGGUUCGACUACGGCCAAUGGCCGGAGGUGUACGACGCGGUCGUCGAGGGUAUCAGGCUGAUAGAGAUAAACACUUGGCUGCAAGUAAUCCCACAGCUAAUAGCUAGAAUCGACACACGGGCCUUGGUCGGCCACUGCAUACACCAUCUUCUUAUUGAUAUAGGCAAGUCGCAUCCUCAGGCACUGGUUUAUCCGUUGACAGUAGCAUCGAAGAGCGCCAGCCUCGCGAGGAAGAACGCGGCGAACAAGAUCCUGAAGAGCAUGUGCGAGCACAGCCCGACCCUGGUGCAGCAGGCCAUGAUGGCGAGCGACGAGCUGAUCAGAGUCGCGAUUCUCUGGCACGAGCUGUGGCACGAAGGCUUGGAGGAGGCCAGCAGAUUGUACUUCGGAGAGAGGAACGUCAGGGGCAUGUUCGACACGUUGGAGCCGUUGCACGCUAUGCUCGGCAGGGGGCCGCAGACCUUGAAGGAGACCUCGUUCAACCAAGCCUACGGGAGGGAUCUGAUGGAGGCGCAGGAGUGGUGCCACCGUUACAAGGCGUCCCGGAACGUCCGGGACCUGAAUCAAGCGUGGGACCUGUAUUAUCACGUGUUCCGGAGGAUAUCCAGGCAGCUGCCGCAGCUGACCAGUUUGGAGCUGCAGUACGUCAGUCCGAAGCUGCUCCUCUGCAGGGACCUGGAGUUGGCCGUGCCCGGCAGCUACAGUCCCGGCCAGCCGAUAGUGAGAAUCGCGAGUAUUCAUAGUUCUAUGCAAGUGAUAACCAGUAAGCAGAGACCGAGGAAGUUGUGUAUCAAAGGUAGCAACGGUAAGGAUUACAUGUUCCUGCUGAAAGGCCACGAGGACUUGAGGCAGGACGAAAGGGUGAUGCAGCUGUUCGGCCUGGUGAACACCCUGUUGCUGCACGACCCGGACACUUUCCGCAGGAACCUCACCAUCCAAAGAUACGCUGUGAUUCCAUUGUCCACGAACAGUGGGCUUAUCGGCUGGGUGCCGCAUUGUGAUACGCUUCAUACGCUCAUAAGGGACUACAGGGAAAAGAAGAAGAUACUGCUGAACAUCGAGCACAGGAUAAUGUUACGAAUGGCGCCCGACUACGAUCACCUUAUGCUCAUGCAGAAGGUCGAGGUGUUCGAGCACGCUCUCGAGCACACGCACGGCGAUGACCUGGCGCGACUGUUGUGGCUGAAGUCGCCGUCGAGCGAAGUGUGGUUCGACCGCAGGACCAACUACACGCGCUCUCUGGCUGUGAUGUCCAUGGUGGGCUACAUACUCGGCCUCGGCGACCGUCACCCGUCCAACCUGAUGCUGGACCGUCUCAGCGGCAAGAUCUUGCACAUCGACUUCGGCGACUGCUUCGAGGUGGCUAUGACGCGUGAGAAGUUCCCGGAGAAGAUACCGUUCCGCCUGACGCGGAUGCUGAUCAACGCGAUGGAGGUGACCGGCAUCGAGGGAACGUACCGGCGAACCUGCGAGUCGGUGAUGUCCGUGUUGCAUCGGAACAAGGACAGCCUGAUGGCGGUGUUGGAGGCGUUCGUCUACGAUCCCCUGCUGAACUGGAGGCUGAUGGACAACGCGGUGCCGAAGGGGAAACGAUCGGACGCUCAGGGUAUGAGCGCCAGCAGCAGCCAGGAACACGGGGACAUGCUCGACUCGCUCACCGCCACGCUGCCAAAGAAGGGCGUGCCGUGUAGCAUCGAAAACGGAGGUGACAAUAACCAACCGGAAGCACUGAACAAAAAAGCUCUCGCGAUCAUAGUGAGAGUCAGAGACAAAUUGACGGGACGCGAUUUUUCGCACGAGGAAACCCUCAGCGUCCGACGACAGGUGGACCUACUCAUCCAGCAGGCCACGAACAACGAGAAUCUUUGUCAAUGUUACAUCGGAUGGUGUCCCUUCUGGUAAAUGUAAAUUCGAUGUGAAGACGGCAUCUCGUACAUGUGCAAUCGACCGCUCUGCAGCAUUUAUAUUGUUACGAAAUUAUUAUUAUCUUUACUUUCACAGUGAUCAAUAUGUAUGAUGUACAUAUAUACCCUUAUUGUAUGAUUUAUAUGUGAUAGAUAAACAGUCUAUUGUAAUAAGUAGAAUGUAUACUAGCGCAUUGUGUACAUUAUAAAAGUUUGGUUGACAGUUAUAAUGGCGAUGUGUUUAGUCUGUUUUUUUUUUUACGUAUAGUCGAACGCUGUCUGUAAAAAAAAAAAUAAACAAGUUUACAGCGGAAAUACUAUCAUUUCGAUCUUAUAUCCAUUGAGGAAACCGAGCGAUCAAAACAAUAACAAAUUUGUAUUCCUAUAUAUGCAUAUACAUCGUUGUACAUAAUUUUUCUGCAUCGUUAAUUCCGAUUCCGUGAAACUCCAACUUAUAACUAAUUCUACAUAAAGCACAUAUUUCAGGUAAUGUAUAUAUAGUCUGAUAUAUGUGCUUUAUUUAUUCAUCAUUAUACAGGAUGGACAACAUAACGUAAUUACCUUGAUUAUUUCUGCUUCUACUGGACUAAUUCAAAUUAUUUCUUGUUAAUACUUAGGUUCAGAAGGACCUACAAAUUGACGUUUCUCUAUGUUCAUUCUGUUCGCUCUAUUCAUUCUGCGUAUAAAAGUACAAGAGUAAAAUCAUCGAAAAGUGAUAUUUUACUUUUUAUCAUGAUACUUUUUUAGUACACACAAGAUAUAAAAGUAAAAUAUCUCGAAAAUAUUCACCUUUCGAUGACCCUGGUAUUUUUAUAUGCAAAAUGAACAAAGAAAUCGAUUUACAAAAAAAAAAUCUAUAACUCUAUUAAAAAAAA